AAAGUUUAACAGCUACAGGAACAUUUAAACCAAAAUUUCCAUUUUUAUCUAUUCAAACAUCAGGAUUAAUCUAUAUGGCAUAUCAUCUUAAAGCUUAUAAUACGAAAAGUUCUGAUUAUAUACGACGAAAAUUUCGUAGAAAAUUAUAUAUAUUUGAAGAACAAUGUGAAUUAAUUAGUUAUUUAGCUGAAAAAACAACUAUACGUUAUAAAGCACCAGAAAAACGAACACCGGAUUAUAAUGUUAAAUAUGAAACAUUUUUUGCCUUAAGACAAAAUGUGCCUACAUUAAAUUGGUUAACAUAA